AUGGUUGUUGAGGAUGAAACUCUACCUCCUCCACCUCUCAACAAUAAUCCACCUAAUAGGGAAUCCGGAAUCAAAAAGGCCCCAAGUGCUAAAGCCAAACUCGGUUAUAUUGAUGGAUCCAUUGUGAAACCCACUGAUCCAAUUGAUCUUUCCCAUUGGACUCGAGCAGAUGACUUAGUUGGUAGCUGGGUUUCCAACUCAGUUGACCCAGAAAUUCGUGGGAGUGUUCAAUCAUUCCCAUCUGCAAGAGAUCAAUGGUUAGAGAUCAAAAACCGAUUCUCUAAUACCAAUGCUCCUAAGCUUUUUGCUCUCAAACAAUCAAUAUCUUCAUUGAAACAAAAAAAUUUGAAUGUUGCAAUGUAUUUCACUCGGCUCAAGUCUCUUUGGGAUGAACUAGAUUCAUUCAGUCCUCUCGUCCCUUGCAUCUGUGGAGAAGGCAAGGAUUUUUUAGAUCACCACAAUCAAGAUCGCUCAAUGGAAUUCCUACAGGGUCUUCAUGACCGCUUUUCUGCUCUCCGCAGUCAAUGA